CUUAAACCAACUAAGAGUGCUUCUCUUGGUUAUUUUUCUCUUCUUGUUCUAUGGAGUUUUCUACUACACAUGAAAUUGCAGGAACAGUUAAGCAAGUCUCUGAUAGGUUGUGUAAGCUCAAAGCAUUUGAUGAUACAAAAGCUGGUGUGAAAGGCCUUGUUGAUGAAGGGGUUACAAAGAUCCCAAGCUUAUUUCAUAAUCCACCUGAUAGAUUUGUGAAGGCCUUAAAUUUAGGCAACACAGAAAACAUAAUUCCUGUUAUAGACCUUGCAGGUGUUGGCAAAGAUCAAAGUACACGCCAAGAAAUUAUAGGAAGAAUAAGGGAAGCAUCUGAGACAUGGGGUUUCUUUCAGGUUGUUAAUCAUGGCAUCCCUUUGACUGUUCUAGAGGACAUAAAAGAUGGGGCGCGAAGGUUUCAUGAACAAGACAGUGAGGUUAAAAAAGAGCUAUAUACCCGUGAUCUGACUGGGCCAUUUGUGUAUAAUAGCAACUUUGAUCUGUAUAGUUCACCAGCACUCAAUUGGAGGGACACUUUAGCAUGUUUCCUGGCUCCUAAUACUCCAAAACCAGAAGACUUGCCAGUAGUAUGCAGGGAUAUAGUAUUGGAAUAUGGGACAAAUGUGAUGAAACUAGGAAUUACACUCUUUGAAUUACUAUCAGAAGCUCUUGGGCUGCAUUCAGACCAUUUGAAAGACAUGGGUUGUGCUGAGGGGCUUCUUGCACUUUGCCAUUACUAUCCUGCAUGCCCUGAACCUGAAUUGACUAUUGGAAUAACCAAACAUUCAGAUAAUUCUUUUCUCACAGUGCUUCUCCAGGACCAUAUUGGUGGCCUCCAGAUUCUUUACCAAGAUAAGUGGAUUGAUAUAACUCCAGCACCUGGGGCUCUUAUAGUUAAUAUUGGUGAUUUUCUGCAGCUCGUAACAAAUGACAGAUUCAAGAGUGCGGAACACAGAGUGCUGGCAAAUCUCAUAGGUCCAAGAAUAUCUGUUGCAUGCUUUUUCAGCACAGAUGUUAAACCAUCAUCGAAGCUCUAUGGACCUAUAAAAGAGUUAUUAUCAGAAGACAAUCCUCCAAAAUACAGAGAAACCACAGUUACGGAUUUUUCAGCCUACUACACUGCAAAAGGCCUUGAUGGGACCUCUGCUCUUCAACAUUUCAGGAUCUGAGUUGGAUAAUGUGGAUUUAGGUGGUUUAUUUACACAAUAAAUGAAUAAACUGUGUAAGUUGAAAAUAAUAGCAUAUAUCAAAUUCAAUAUGAUUAUGGUUCUUAUUCUAGGACUAGAAAUUUGUGGUAUCGCAUAUGUCUUGCAAGUGAGAUAUUGAACUGUACAACCCAACAGUUUGUCAUAUCCAUGAUAUUCUAUUUAUAUUUUGUAGAUAUUGUU